GACCGAUGGUAUCAUGGCCUACGCGACCGACUGCAUUUGGCCUUUCUGGGACUUUUGGGCCCCGAAUUUCUGCUUAUGCUGGCGCUAGGGCAGUGGUCCUCGGCGCGAGCGUCUGUCAAGGUCUCGAGAUCAUUCUGUACUGCUCUGCCCAGAAAAACAAACAUGGCUAAUACCCUCGACAGGGGUUUGAGCAACUAUUGACAACGAAGACCACCAAGCGACCCCUUUGGACUUUAACUCAUGCUUUCUAUGCGGAUAUGGGGGGUUUCUUGAUCGAUGGCCCGGGAACCGAUCGGCCAUUCCCAGUAAACGCGAAGCAGCUUCAAUUCCUCAUUGAGAAGGGCUACGUCGAUUACCCUAUGAUCGGUGAAGACGACAUCAACGAUCGGAACAAAUCUGAUGCGUUCUCUCGUGUGAUCGCAGUUUGCCAGGCACUAUGGCUGCUCGUCAACUGCGCCAUGCGUGUAGCUCAGGGUCUGGCUCUGACGACCCUGGAGCUCACUACUAUCUCAUUUGUGGUAGUGUUCCUAGUGACGUCUUUCUGCUGGCGCUUCAAGCCAUCGGACAUCUCGAGUACCCUGACUCUUGACGUAAAAAACGAUAUCAAUAUCAUUCGGGAACAGCAUUGCCCUUAUCCUUCGCAAGAAUGGCACGAGACACCCCUGGACUUUGUGUGUGACGAUGUCUCCUUUUGCGCAGUGCACUGGCAUUACUACACAGAAAUCCUGCGAAAAAUGCAUAUUCCGCUGUUUUCACGUCCAAUGACCGCAAAACCACGCGAUCGCAUUGUCAGUGACAACUUUCCCGUCACCGACCUGAAGGCCGAUUGCAUUGCCACCCCAGUGCUUCUUGUAUUCGGCUCAAUGUUCAUGCUUGCCUGGAAUUUCCACUUUCCUUCCCCCGUCGAACAUCUUUUGUGGCGCAUCGCCAGUAUAUACAACCUGGUAUUCACCGUCAUUGGUGGACUGCAUGCCGGCUAUUGCGACAAAAUCGUGUUGCCCAGGGAGUAUAAGCGGCGACUGGUUCUUCCCUUGUCGAGACUGAAGACCUCGACUAACCCAUCCUGGCAGCGGUCGUGUCUGCGAAACCUAGCAGCCAAGUUGAGAAACAUCGAUCCGUAUCGCAAUCCCAAGAGGGAGGUGCCUCUCCGUGUGCUAUUUCCUACUUCUGUUCUCUGUGCAGCCUAUUGCGUGGGUCGAGCGUACGUUCUCACGGAGGACUUCAUCGGACUGCGCAGUUUGCCUGCCAGUGCCUUUCAGACGGUUAGCUGGUCAGACUACGUCCCACAUCUGUGAACAGAGCGCGGUGCAGCGGAUAUCUCAUUGCUCAUAUCACACAUCUAAUAACACAUAGAGAUUCUAUAUACUGUAAAUGUUCAAAUGGACAAGACCACCCAAGCAUUUCAUGGUAGCCGUCACGACCCCCAAUGG